AAUAUUUUUCCUCUGCCAUGUUUCUGUAGCAGCUUCUCUUCGCCGCUUGCGAGCUCCUCCUCUACGCUCUAAGACUUCAAAUUUUUUAGCUUUUACAAGAUCGCACCAGAUGCCUUGAGCGCCGGUUAACCUCCGCCCUCACAAACGAAGUCAAUCUGAAACUCUAUUUCUUCGACGGGCAUGGCGUCUCCUUCUCUCCUACCGGCUUCCGAGAGUUUCGGUGAACUUCGAAGUACGACACUCAGUGCUCCUUUUGAUAUUUCUUGCAAAUCGGACUGUGAAGUUGGGGUUUUUAGUUUACAGACUCAAUACAAGAAAAGAAGAUUAUCUCCAAACAAUGAUGAUGUAUCAUGUGAGAUUUCAAGAGAGAUUGAAUCUUCAUUACCAACAUUGUGCUCAACAGAUUAUUAUAUGGAACCUUCCUUGACUGAUUUGGUUGCCCAUGAACUUAUUGAUCCUGGAUAUUGUAGACGAGUUCCGGAUUUUAUUGUUGGUAGAUUAGGUUUUGGAUGUGUUAAGUUUCUUGGAACGACUGAUCUUAGGUGGCUGGACUUGGAUAAGAUUGUGAAAUUUCGUAGGCAUGAAAUAGUUGUAUAUGAAGAUGAUAGUGAUAAGCCUCAAGUUGGUCAGGGUCUUAACAAGACUGCUGAAGUGACUUUGAAUUUGCAAAUAAGAUUGUCUGAUUUAAAUAAGAGGCAGCUCAAUAAUGCUGUGAAGAAAUUGAAGGAGAGUGCAGCGAGGCAGGGAGCUUAUUUUAUAUCAUUCCAUCCAGAAAAUGGUCAGUGGAAAUUUUUAGUUAACCACUUUAGCAGAUUUGGAUUAAGUGAUGAUGAGGAGGAAGAUAUUGCAAUGGAUGAUGUUGUAGCAGUUGAAGAACCCAUUGAAAUGGGUGGGACUCCUGAGACAAAUGAAGAAACCCAAGUAGAAUUAGAUCCAACUGGACCUAUGCUUUAUCAUUCUCUUCCUGCACAUCUUGGCCUUGAUCCUGUAAAAAUGAAAGAGAUGAGAAUGUUGAUGUUUCCUGUUGAAGAAGAAGAGGAGGUUGAGCAUUUCAAUGGUCCUUCAAGGCAGAAAUUGUCCUCUGGUAAAGAACAUAUAAAGCAUUCUUUGCACAAUUCCUCUCAGAAGAUAAGCCAGAGAUCUAACACUCCUGUUAUGAGGAAAAUGCCACUGGCUCUGCUUGAUUACAGACCUAGUAGUUUUAAUUCCAGUUCCCCGGGUGCCAUUUUGAUGGCCCAGCAAAAUAAGGGCCUGCCUUUAAAGACAGUAAAAGGAGAAGGAUUUAAACUGAACCUUGAGCAUGAGACACCAAUGACUGGAAGCUAUUCUCGCAACAUAGUUGAUGCUGGUUUGUUCAUGGGUAGGUCAUUUCGUGUGGGGUGGGGUCCAAAUGGGGUCCUUGUUCACUCUGGUGCUCCAGUUGGAUGUAAUGGAACUCAGAGGCUAUUAUCUUCUGUAAUUAAUGUUGAGAAGGUUGCAUUUGACAGAGUGGUGAGAGAUGAAGAUAACAAAGCUAGUAAGGAUCUAGUUGAGUUUGCUUUUGACUGUCCUUUGAAUCUUCACAAGACUAUAAAUCAUGAAACAAAAGAAGUUGAGGUGGGAUCCUUUAAACUAAAGCUUCAAAAAGUUGUCUCUAAUCGCAAAAUGCUUUCAGAGAUUUGUCGGAGUUAUAUAGACAUCAUUGAGAGGCAGUUGGAGGUUCCUCGGUUAUCAUCACCAGCACGGUUGGUUUUGAUGCAUCAAGUUAUGGUCUGGGAAUUGAUAAAAGUUCUUUUUUCUGAAAGGGAAAAUAGUGGACAGUCGAAAUCUAUGGGUGCUGACAAUGAGGAGGAUAUGAUGCAGGAUAUAAAGGAAGGUUCUUUGGAAAUUGACCAGGAAUCACUUCCUCUUAUCCGAAGAGCAGAGUUUAGUUGUUGGUUGCAAGAAAGUGUUUGCCACCGUGUCCAAGAGGAAGUGAGCUCUUUGAGUGAAUCCAGUCAUCUUGAACACAUUCUCUUACUCAUGACUGGGCGACAACUGGAUGGAGCUGUGGAAAUAGCCGUCUCUAGAGGAGAUGUUAGACUGGCUUGUUUGUUAGGUCAAGCUGGUGGGUCCAUGGUGAACCGCACUGAUGUUGCACGGCAGCUUGAUCUUUGGAGGAACAAUGGACUAGACUUCAAUUUCAUUGAGAAGGAAAGAAUAAGGCUGUAUGAGUUGGUUUCUGGUAAUAUACAUAAUGCAUUGGAUGGUGUUAAGAUUGACUGGAAGAGGUUCUUAGGUUUAUUGAUGUGGUAUCGCUUAGCAUCUCAGACAUCUUUGCCCAUUAUUUUUCAAACUUAUCAGCAUCUUCUCAAUGAUGGUAAGGCUCCAUAUCCCCUGCCCAUUUACAUUGAUGAAGGACCAGCAGAGGAGGCUGUUAAUUUCUCAGGGAGACACUUUGACCUCUCAUAUUAUCUUAUGCUUCUUCAUGCCAAAGGAGAUGGUGAAAUUGGCUAUCUAAAGACCAUGUUCAGUGCCUUCUCUUCAACAAAUGACCCACUUGACUACCAUAUGAUCUGGCAUCAGCGAGCCAUAUUGGAAGCUGUUGGCAUUUUGACUUCUAACAAUCUUCAAGUUCUUGACAUUGGACUUGUUUCCCAGCUUCUAUGUAUUGGGCAAUGCCAUUGGGCAAUCUAUGUGGUCCUUCACAUGCCUUACCGUGAUGAUUAUCCAUAUCUCCAAGCUACAGUUAUUCGGGAAAUUUUAUUUCAGUACUGUGAAAUUUGGAGUUUAGAUGAAUCACAACGCCAAUUUAUUGAGAACCUCGACAUUCCACGAGCAUGGUUGCAUGAAGCUAUGGCUGUUUACUUCAAUUACCAUGGGAAUCUCUUGAAGGCCCUCGAACAUUAUCUUGAAUGUGAAAAUUGGCAAAAGGCUCAUUCGAUUUUCAUAACCUCAGUCGCCCAUACAUUGUUUUUAUCAGCCAAUCAUUCCGAGAUAUGGAGGCUUACAACUUCAAUGGAGGACCACAAAUCUGAACUUGAAAAUUGGGACUUGGGAGCUGGAAUUUAUUUAUCGUUCUAUUUGAUACGAAGUUCAUUUCAGGAAGGCUACAAUAAUACAAGUGAACUGGAUUCUUUUGAGAGCAAAAAUUCUGCCUGCAGAGACUUCCUAAGUCAUCUGAAUGAAUCUUUGGAGGUUUUUGGUGACCGUUUACCAGUUGAUGCAAGAGUAGCAUACUCGAAAAUGGCAGAGGAGAUAAGUGAAAUGCUUCUACAUUAUGCCUGUGAGGGCUCAACACGGGAUGCUCAGUUAAGUUGCUUUGACACAAUAUUUGGUGCUCCAGUUCCUGAAGACCUCCGCUCAAAUUAUCUGCAGGAUGCUGUCUCUCUCUUUACAUGUUAUCUUUCAGAGAUGGCUGCUUAGUCUUCUGCCGGAUGGUGAUAACCUUUAUAUAUAUAUAUAUAUAUGUAUGUAUGUAUACGGCAUGGAAAAGAGCAGCAUUGCCAUUGCAAAACUUACUCUUGUAACCAUUUCUGAUACUUCUUUAGUGGAAUGGAAAUAGACAUUGAUUGAGUUGAA